CUUCUUCAUUGAUUCCAGCUUGCUUAGAAGCAGUAAUGGCAACAGAAUGCAUUAAGAAUUGUUGUAGAGGGUGUUUAUAUACUAAUAAAGAAAAGCAUGAUGCCUCUCUGGAGAAACAGUCUGCAGUUGCUGAUCAAUAUAGAUCAAAAGUAGUGGAGAAACCUCCUUUGUCUUCUGUAUCCAUGAAAAGGCAGGUUGGCUGUUCAGAAGAUUAUCUUCUCUCCAAGUUCCCACCAGGUGGCAAAGAAAUACCCUUUGUAGUUCCUCAGUUCAAACUUGCUUACAUCCAACCUCGAAAUCUUGGUAAUCCACAUCUUGGGGGACUUCAAGGUUCAGUUGUAACGUCUUUCAGUGAUCGGAAAGCAGAACUUUCUGGUAUAUACCAUCAAAGACCACCUGCUGAUGUGGUAUAUAACCCAUUCUAUAUGCAACUGCCACCUCUUUCUCCGGAUUUAAGUCAAGGCCACACAGAAAAAAUGGCGAACAGGAGAUUAUAUGGAUCAGUUUGUGACUUAAGAAGUAGCACAUUGCCCUGCUCUUCCUCUUUAAGCCAUUCUAUGUUUGAUCUUACAAGUCCACCCCACCAAUUUCUUCAGAGAUAUGAUUCCGCCUCCAGUGUACCAAGCAGCAUCUCCUCCAGAAAGAAUUCACAAGGUAGUAAUAGGAGCUUAGAUACAAUUACAUUAUCAGGUGACGAAAGAGAAUUUGGCAGGCUGAACGUGAAGGUGUGCUACAUUUUUUCUGUUGAACAGAUAUGGAUCACCAUCUUGAAAUGCAAAGAUUUGAACUGGUCAUCUACUUGUGAAGAACAUCCUCAAAUUUCCAUAAAAGGAAUCCUUACCCUACACAAACCAGUGCAAUUCAGAUGUUUAGCAAAAGAAGCUUCCAAUGACAUUGAAUUCAUGGAAACCUUUGUGUUUGCUAUUAAACUGCAACUCCUCCAAACUGCAAGACUUGUGUUCAAAGUACAAUCUCUGAUUCCCAGAAGAAAAACUAUAGGAGAAUGUAUUUUGCCACUGCGAGACCUCAGUUCACAGGAAGUGGAUUAUUGGCUGAUGAUAACGCCUCCUUCCAAAGCUUUAGUGUGUUCUGCAGAAUUGAAAAUAGGCACCUGUUUUCAAGCAGUAAACAGCCGGAUCCAGUUGCAAAUUCUAGAAGCUCAGAACCUUCCAAGUUCAUCCACACCAUUGUCUUCAAAUUUUUUUGUAAAGAUUGAGAUGCUCAGCACUGAAGGAUUGGUUGAUAAGAAAAAAACUCGUCUGCUGAAAUCUACUAACAGUCAAGUAAAAUGGGGAGAAACCCUGAUGUUCCCUGUGAGCCAGAAUGAACAUGGAAUAAACUUUCUCAUCAAACUCUAUAGUAGGAGCUCAGUGAGAAGAAAACAUUUCCUGGGACAGGUUUGGUUAAGCAGUGACAGUAACAGUGCAGAAGCUGCUGAUCAAUGGAGGGACACAAUUGCUAAUCCAGAGAAGGUUGUGGUUAAAUGGCAUAACAUUAUUCCAGCGUGAUACUGCUUUGAACAGCCCUUUUGGUACUGAUUUGGACUUGACUCCAGAGACUUUUGCACUUAUUUAAAAUGACCAGCCAUCAGAUAACAAAAAAAACCAGAAAAGAAAUAUCUAUAUAGACACAUACAAUAUCAUCUCUGCACAAGAAAA